UUUAAGAUUCAAAAUAGGCUCGGAUUCACUUCGGAGAUCCGUUGGCUUUCAAAGCUCCCUCUAUUCCAUUUUACGAUUUUACCCUCCGAUGUAUAUUCUCUUCUAUUUCCCUCAUUCAAUUCCCAAUUUCCCAUCUUCCCUCGCUCAGAAAAUGAGUCGAACACUUCGCAGGCGACGCGAACUUGGAGAGAGAAGAAGCAGGUAGAGAGAGAGAGAUAAAGGUUUGAGCUUGGCAAUCCGCCAUGGACAACGCUUCGGAUAAUUUCGGUCUUGGAGACAUCAAUAAAGGAGAGGAGAUCUUAAAGAAACCUUCAACUGGAGGAGGUCCCACAAGAAAAAGGCUUAUGGAUAUAAGCAAUUUGCAGAAUCAGCAAUCUAACCCAGCAAACCAAGAUGCAAAGCAGCAAUCUGCUAAAGUUGCAACUGAGGAGUACGUUGACAAGCUCCACAAGGAAAAUACAAUUCUGAUGCAGCUUCUUGCUGACAGGAAUAAACUUCUUGAAUUGAGCCGGGUAGAGAUAUUAAAACUGAGAACCAAUCUGGAAAAGGUACAGCAACAGAAUUUGCAACUAGCCCAGGCAAACAGCCAUAUGCUGAGGGAAGUUAAUUCAGGUAAAGAUAGGCUUUUGGUAAUCCAGCAUGAGCUUGCAUGCAAAAGUGGGUUUCUAAAAGCAAUGAAAUUGGAAGCAGAGGAGAAGGUGAAAAGAGUAACAUGUCAAAAUGCUGCAAAUGAGGAAGUUGCAAACAAGUAUGGUGAGGCGGGUGAAUCCACGCAAGCAGCUAAGGUGAAUAAACCUGGUAUUGCAAACCGUAGACAACAAUCAAAAGCCCAAUCUUUAGAUCCUCUCACUAUUAAAGCAAUCCAUGUUGAAGAGAUGGUUGGCAACAAAAGGCAUUGUUCAAGAAGGCAAUCUGCUAGGUUUAAAUCUGAAGAGCAAGAAGCUAAUGAAGACUCAUUUAAAAUGGAUGAUGCUAAAUUGGCUGUCUCUUCUAUAGUGAACGCUAAACAAACGGUUGAAAACAAAAAGCGUUGUUUAAGAAGGCAAUCUGCUAGGUUUAAAUAUGAAGAACUAGAAGCUAAUGAAGACUCAUUUAAAAUGGAUAAUGCUAAAUUAGCGGUCUCCCCUAAAGAAACAGUUGACAACAAAAAAAGGCAAUCUGCUAGGUUUAAACCUGAAGAACCAGGAGUUAAUGAAGACUCGUUUAAAAUGGAUGAUGCUAAUUUUGCCAACUCUCCUAGGUGCGAUGAUUCAGUGCAUGGUGUCGACAACAAAAAUUGUUCAAGAAGGCAAUGUGCUGGGUUUAAAUCUGAAGAAACAGAAGCUAAUGAAGAUUCAUUUCAUAUGGAUGAUCCUAAGUUUGCCGUCUCUCCUAGGUAUGAUGAUUCACUGCAUGGUGUUGGUCCAUCGUUGCUGGGAUCAGCGGUCAUAAAGGAAGAUGGUGGAGAAACUGCACCUAUACCCGUUACUCAAGAAUUUCGAAGAUCAUCUGUUGGAAGGCCAUCACGUCGAGCAGCUGAGAAGGUUACGUCCUACAAGGAAAUUCCAAUCAAUGUGAAGAUGCGUAGAAUGGAGUGAGUAACUAAAACUAGGCUUGCUUAUGUUAGUAGCACAGAAAGUGAUGAAGCAUUUUUUUUUUCUUUUUUUUUUUUUUAUCUGUAUCCUGCUGUAGUCUUUUGCCUUGUGUAAAAUAUAUUUUCUGUAAUACAAGUUAAGUAUAUUUCUUUCUUGGAUAUAAGGUUGUGAGUCACUGUAAAGAUUAGAGUGUCAUUUAGGGUGGUUAUAUUUUUGUGUUGUUUAUUUUGCUCCCAAUUACUAACUAGGUCCUUGACUUUCACACUUUCAAUUUAGAGUUUGAAAUUAAACAUGGUAUUAGGAAAA